CGGGUCCGAGCCUGCGCCGCUGCAGCUGCCAGUGCCGCCGUCGCCGCCAGGGGGAGCGUCUGUCGGGAGUCGUGGUGUUGCUUCCGUGGUGUGAAGGUGCUUUCAGACCUCGGGUUUCCGUUCCUCGCCCUCGCAUUUGAAGCGCGAGGAGGAAGAUGGAGACCGAGUCCGGGGCGGUGAGUACAGCAGGCCGGGCCUCCGGCCCCGGGAUGGCGCGGCAAACAUCAAAUCAGACGCAAACAGAUUCAUUAUCUCCAUCCCCUAAUCCUGUGUCACCUGUGCCUUUGAAUAACCCAACAAGUGCCCCAAGAUAUGGAACAGUGAUCCCUAAUCGCAUCUUUGUAGGAGGAAUUGACUUUAAGACAAAUGAAAAUGAUUUAAGAAAAUUUUUUUCCCAGUAUGGGUCUGUAAAAGAAGUGAAGAUUGUAAAUGACAGAGCUGGAGUGUCCAAAGGGUAUGGUUUCGUCACUUUUGAGACACAAGAAGAUGCACAAAAAAUUUUACAAGAGGCUGAAAAACUUAAUUAUAAGGAUAAGAAACUGAACAUUGGUCCAGCAAUAAGAAAACAACAAGUAGGAAUCCCUCGUUCCAGUAUAAUGCCAGCAGCUGGAACAAUGUAUCUAACGACUUCAACUGGAUAUCCUUACACAUAUCAUAAUGGUGUUGCUUAUUUUCAUACUCCAGAGGUAGCUUCUGUCCCACCACCUUGGCCUUCACGUUCUAUAUCUAGUUCCCCUGUGAUGGUAGCUCAGCCAGUUUAUCAGCAACCUGCAUAUCACUACCAGGCCCCUGCACAGUGUCUACCAGGACAAUGGCAGUGGGGUGUUCCUCAGUCUCCUGCCUCGUCUGCUCCAUUCUUAUACCUGCAGCCUUCUGAGGUUAUUUAUCAACCAGUGGAAAUUGCACAAGAUGGUGGAUGUGUUCCUCCUCCUCUAUCUCUGAUGGAAGUUCCAGAGCCUUAUUCUGAUCAUGGUGUUCAAGCAACAUAUCACCAGGUUUAUGCUCCAAGUGCCAUUGCUAUGCCUGCACCUGUGAUGCAGCCUGAACCAAUUAAAACAGUGUGGAGCAUUCAUUAUUAAGACAAUUGGGCAGCUCUAGUCCAGCUCAACUGAUUUCUUGUCCAGUGAUCCUUGUGUGGCCGAGAUCCAGCUUCGACGAACCGGCUAGAAGCUGCCCGUUGUGACACUUAGGGUUAGUUAAUACCUCGCCAUACUUAUUUAUUCCAUUAUAAGCUGUCUAAAUUUGAUGAAAUUUGCUUUUUCAAAUGUUCUACAAAACUAGGUAGUUGUGGCAUGUUGGUUUGUUUAUGUGUUAAUCUAACUGUAGUGACAUUUUCUACAUGUUUUAUCCAUUCCAUAAAUAAUAAUCACAUUGGGAAUAGUGAGGUGUCUUUCAUUUUCUCUGCUUUGUGUUAUUUCUUUUCCUUUCAAUUUUUUUGAAGUAAUGUUUAAUAGUAUUUGCUAUUUAUUUUAAUAUUUAGGAUGAGUCUUUCCUAAUAGAAUUUUUAAUACUUUCAUGCCUUUUAGUAUAAGUACAUUUGAUCUUAAUGACUCAGUACCACUACUUGCUAUUUUGUCAUUUAAUAUGCUUUUGUCUAAGUUUUUAUUUAUUUGUUACUGCAACUCC